CAAGCAGAGUGGUGGCAAGAUGACUCGCAGCCGGCCGAGGAGCGAGAGAGAGAGAGCGCCACAUGGAAGCUAUAAAAACGCCCGGAGGUUCUCCCACCUGUUCCGGUGCCAAAAUCCAGUCCUUUUCCCUCUCUUUUUUCAAACCCUCUCAGCCCGUACGAGAGAUGAAGUAGCGAGCGAAGAAGAAACCCUAAGCCCUUCAGAUUCAAACCCUAGCUCUUAAUCCUUUCUCGUUGAGAUGCCGCGCGAGAUCAUAACGAUCCAGGUGGGGCAAUGCGGGAACCAGAUCGGGAUGGAAUUCUGGAAGCAGCUCUGCCUGGAGCACGGCAUCGGCAAGGACGGCCUUCUCGAGGAUUUCGCCACCCAGGGAGGUGAUAGGAAGGAUGUUUUCUUCUAUCAAGCUGAUGACCAACACUACAUACCGAGGGCUCUCCUAAUGGACCUUGAACCUAGAGUUAUCAAUGGUAUACAAAACAGCGAAUAUAGGAACCUUUAUAAUCAUGAGAACAUAUUUGUCUCAGAACAUGGAGGUGGUGCUGGAAACAAUUGGGCCAGUGGAUAUCACCAGGGAGAGCAAGUUGUAGAUGAUAUCAUGGACAUGAUUGAUAGAGAAGCAGAUGGAAGUGAUAGCCUUGAGGGUUUUGUCCUUUGCCAUUCCAUUGCUGGUGGAACUGGAUCAGAUUUGGUAAAGUUGCUAGAAGUUGUUGUGAGCCAUUUGGGCUUGAAUCCCAUGCACACCAUAAUAAAAGGAGGUAUGGGUUCAUAUUUAUUGGAGACCCUGAAUGAACGGUAUAGCAAAAAGCUAGUUCAAACAUACAGUGUAUUCCCCAAUCAAAUGGAAACAAGUGAUGUGGUUGUCCAGCCUUACAACUCACUUUUAACCUUAAAGCGAUUGACACUGAAUGCUGAUUGUGUUGUUGUUCUUGACAAUACGGCACUCAAUAGGAUUGCUGUGGAACGCCUUCAUCUAUCUAAUCCGACUUUUGCACAAACAAACUCAUUGGUUUCUACGGUUAUGUCUGCAAGCACAACCACUCUGCGCUACCCAGGAUACAUGAACAAUGACUUGGUUGGCCUACUUGCUUCUUUAAUUCCAACACCAAGAUGCCAUUUUCUCAUGACGGGCUAUACACCACUUACAGUGGAGCGCCAGGUUAACAUGAUACGUAAGACUACUGUGCUAGAUGUUAUGAGAAGACUUUUGCAGACAAAGAAUAUCAUGGUCUCUUCCUAUGCACGUACAAAGGAAGCUAGUCAAGCAAAAUAUAUUUCUAUAUUGAACAUAAUUCAAGGAGAUGUGGACCCUACACAGGUACAUGAAAGCUUACAGAGGAUACGUGAAAGAAAGCUUGUCAACUUCAUUGAAUGGGGGCCUGCUAGCAUUCAGGUCGCAUUGUCCAGAAAAUCACCUUAUGUACAAACUACUCAUAGAGUUAGUGGAUUGAUGCUAGCAAACCAUACUAGUAUUCGGCACCUCUUUAGCAAGUGUCUGGGCCAGUAUGAGAAGCUGAGGAAAAAGCAAGCCUUCCUUGACAACUAUCGAAAGUUCCCAAUGUUUGCAGAUAACGACCUUUCUGAAUUUGACGAAUCUCGAGAAAUAAUAGCAAGCUUGGUUGAUGAAUACAAGGCAUGCGAAUCACCAGAUUAUAUCAAAUGGGGAAUGGAGGAUCAAGGGAAUGCCAGCAUUGGAGCCGCCCUAGAUUCAAAAUUAGUAAUGUAAAACAAACUCAAAGUUGUUGAACAGUUGCAGCCUAUGCAAAUGAAGACAACAGGCAGUUGUCUUCUUUUCUUGAUAUUCAAAGUUUACAUUCUUAGUAAUCAUGCGGUUCUCUGUUUGAGUUGUGAUGAUUUGCUUGAGAUGUGUCCGCAUAUGAAAAGUUGUUACUUAUGGUAGAUUUUUUUUCCCUUUAUUUUUUCUUUUUUCGGCAUAGUGCUUCCAUGGGAUGUGUUGCUUAACUUUUUGUGAAUUGGCCGUGAAAUUUAAAGAGCACCCAGGACCUUGGUAUCAAUGAUUAUAGGGAUUUGUUUCCUUAAACAGUUACGCUAGAAAAGCUAAUGAUUUUGUUGGAGGCAUUGUGAAGCAGGGUUUUACUGGUUGGAGCUUGUAAUCCCUGAGAAGUUUUUUUUUUUUUUAAUCUUAUUUUGCCCCCACAUAUCAAACUUUAGCUAAAGCAGGUACAUAAUAUUUUUGGUUGCACCACUGCAUGAUGAUACUGUGGCACCCAAGAAAAUGUUGAAAUUGGUUUACGGUUUAACACCUUUGCGUAGCCUAACCAGUAAUCCGGAAGACUUGGGGCUAAACCGCCAGUGCUAUUUCAGAAUUAUCAUUUGCAGGGAACAUGGUCUGUUUUCUUUAGUGAUUCGAAACUAGGCCAUAUUCAUGUGCCAUAUCAACCCCACUUAGUUGUUAAUAGAUUUAUUUUUUGACCUUUAAAACCAUUGCUCAAGAAGGAAUCCUUCAAAACUUUGGAUGAAAAAUUGUCUCACUAGAUUGAUUGCUCAUCGAGCUGAUUUCUUCUGUAGUCGACAGAGCAGGAUUCAAAAAAAAUAAACAUUGGAAAGUUUUGGAUCACAACUGUCUUAUCUGAAAUCAAUUCGAACUUGCAAGAUUCAUCAACCUUCCAUGUCAAAUGGUUCUCUGUAGCUGAGGGAUGGCUUUGAUACCUCAAGAAAAUGGGGCAGACAGAGAAUAACAGAUGAGUGUUAAAAGUCACCAUGGAUUAAGGAGAAGCUAAUUUGAAAUAGAGAAGCUUGCCCUGCUUUCAUUGGCACCUCCAGACACCCUGGAGCAACAUGGAGAUCUCACCUCUGGGAGAUAUAAUCACACAACCCCUCUUACGAUAUUCCAAAUGGACCCAGCUUUGGGCUGGCAUCGCAUGAAGAUAAAACUACCUGCACUAUAACCAUCAAGAAGUGGAUCUCGGAACAAUUCUGUUCUCAGCAAAUAAAAUCAAAUGACCUCAUCAGAUGAUGCAUUAUGUCAUUACAAUUGACAGUCCCAGAGAAAAAACAGCACUAUAUCCAAAC